AGAGUUUUUCUUCAAAUUACAAAUUUAUUGUCCCUCGUAUUCUUUGUUUGAGUUGUGGAUCUUCUUCUCUUUCCCCCAAUAACUUGUUCAACAAUCACUAUUCACUUUCACUAGUUAAACCCAUAGUGUUUUCUUUCUUAGUCUCCGACAAUUUGGGGAUUUAUUUUUUUCUUUCUCAAAUUCAAAAAAAAAAAAAAAAGAAACCCUAAAAUCUCUCUCUGCCGCCACUGCUGUUGGGUCCUCUUCUCCGGCUACCAUUCGCCGGCACAUCGGCUAUGGGCAAAAAAUGUGUGGCAACUAAGCUGAAAAAGAAUCUAAUUAUGGCAAAUAUUUCAAUUCCACCUGGGUUUAUGCCUCUCAAAUCCUUCAGUCUGAAGAGGAUAGGGAAAGGUGAUGAAGAAAUUGAUCAUUCCAAGGACUGCUUGGACGAAUCAAAAGAAGGGUCAUUACAAAUAGACCCCAUGUUUGGUUUGUCAGGCAAUGAUUUGCUGAAAAAAUCUUUGAGACUUAAACCCUGGAUACUCUUUGAUGAAGCAAAUCACAAGUCAGAGGAAUCAAACCGUGAUCAGUUUGACGAGGAUUCCUCUUCAAAAACUUGCCUCCCAAAAGGUGUUAUUCGCGGAUGUCCAGAUUGUAGUGAUUGUGUCAAGGUAACAGCAAGGUGGCACCCUGCAGAAACUAAAACAGACAUUCUUGAAGAGGCCCCUGUAUUCCACCCAACUGAGGAGGAAUUCAAGGACACCCUUGAGUACAUUGAAAAGAUACGUCAAAGCGGAGAGCCAUAUGGGAUUUGUCGUAUUGUUCCUCCUCCAUCAUGGAAUCCUCCAUGUUUUAUUAAGGAUGAUAACGUGUGGGAAAGUAAUACAUUUCUUACCCAUGCUCAACGGAUUGAUGGGCUUCCAGCUCCAUACACUAAAUUAGAGAGUAAAACAGAAGAGUUUGUUCAAGAUAUGAGGAAUAAGAGGAGAAGAAUCUCAAGAGGUGAAAGAGAAUAUAUGGAUAUUGAACCCUUAGAGUCUGUACCUGGUCCAGAAUUUACUAUGAAACAGUUUAAAAAAUAUGCAGAGGAUUUUAAAGGUCAAUAUUUCUGCAAGAGUGAAGAUACAGAUUCAAAUGACUGCUCUAAUGUGUCUAAAGCAAAAUGGGAGCCCUCAGUGGAGAAUAUUGAAAGUGAAUAUAAACGCAUUGUUGAGGAUCCAACAGAAGAAAUUGAGGUACUUUGUUGUGACAAUUUGGAGGCUAGGGUUUUUGGUAGUGGAUUCCCAACAGUAUCUAAUCCUUCAGAAGCUUCUAGUAUUCCUGAAAUUGCAAAUUCAGGAUGCAACUUAAGUAAUGUGGCGAGAUUACCUGGGUCACUUCUUUCUUUUGAAAGCCCCGAUAGUUCCUGCAUUUUAGUUCCUCGUGUCCGGAUAGGAAUGUGCUUUUCAUCUCUUCCCUGGAGAGUUGAAGAGCACCACUUGUACUCCUUAAGUUAUCUGCACACCGGUGCCUCUAAAGUAUGGUAUGGCAUGCCUGGGAAAUACAGUGCUAAGUUUCAGGAAGCUUUAACAAAUUACUUUAAUGACAUAUUUGAGCAUAAGUUGCGUAGUAGACUGGUCAAACAACUAUCUCCCUUUGCAUUGAAUUUAGAAGGAAUUCCUGUCUUCCGUUGCGUUCAGAAUCCUGGGGAAUUCAUUCUCACCUUCCCAGGGGCAUAUCAUUCAGGAUUUGAUUGUGGUUUUAACUGCUCCGAGACAGCAAAUUUUGCUCCCUUUGAUUGGCUGCCUCAUGGGCAGAAUGCUGUAGAACUUUAUCGUGAGUGGAGGAAGAAGACAUCUAUAUCCCAUGAUAAGCUUUUGCUUCGAGCAGCUUUUGAAGCUGUCAAGGCGCAAUGGGAACUGUCAAUGUAUGGGAAAAAAACUUUGGACAAUCAACGUUGGGAAUCUGUCUGUGGAAAGGAAGGAAUCUUAACAAAAGCAAUUAAGUCACGUGUCAACUGUGAAGACAUUGCAAGAAGAUUUCUCUGCAACUCUUCACAGACCCGGAAGAUGGACAAAACUUUUGAUGCUGCCGGAAAAAGGGAAUGCAAGAUUUGUUUCUAUGAUCUGCAUUUUUCUGCAGCAGGUUGUCCAUGUUCAGAAGACAUAUAUUCGUGUCUAAAUCACACGAAGCAGCUUUGUUCGUGCCAUUGGACUGAAAAAUAUUUCCUCUUCCGUCAUGAUAUUAGCGAACUUAACCUUCUUGUUGAAGCUUUAGAAGGAAAAUUUAAAUCACUCUACAAAUUUGCAAGAGAAAUCCUUGGAUUGUCUCUGGAUUCACAUGCUGCAAAAACUAGGUUACAAGCAUCAAAGCAAGGGGAAUGUGCAACCUCCCUCGCUGUUAAACUGGAAAACAACCAGCAGAAGCUCGGAAACAGGGAAACACCCAAUUGCACAAGCAGUAAAGUUUCCAACUUCAUGGCAGAAAUGAAAGAACGUCUAAAAUUAAAAGCCUCAACCAAAUUAGCUGCAUCAGUGAAUAAGGUUACAGAGUCACCAAACGCUGCAAAGGUUAGUAGUAUUGGUGAGAAUGUUUCUUCUAGCAUCAAGGCAGAUAAUAAAGCACACGGUUCCAAACCACCUAUUUCGAAAGAACUGAAAGGAAAAGCUUCAGAACAGAACACAAAAGCACUUACAGGAAUAGGAUAUGGUUCUUAUCUUCAAAUGGUGGCCUCAACUGAGGAUCCAUAUGAUAGUUUAAGUGAUGUAAGUUCUGAAGAAUCUGAUGACCCAGAUCUUUGCCUUUUAUUUUAGAUUCAUAUUUUAAGCUUCCAACAAUCAUUUUAUCCACUGGUUAAAGGAGUACAGCCUUGGGGAUUAGAGAAGCGAUUACAAAAUAGGCAACUAAUUUUAAUUACCACUGCGAUUAAAGAUGCUAACUGUUCAGAGAGCUUGUGUUUUGCUGUUUAUUUAAUGACAGCAUCGCUGUGUAGUUUGUAAAAUCUUUUGGGAUAUAGACGAAUAAAAGUUACAUUACUAUCUAAACAAAAAAAAAUAGAGGUUUAUAUCUUUUUUGACAAAA